AUGGAGAAGCUGGCUGCCGGGCUGGCCGGCCUGCGCUGGAGCAUGGGCGCCUUCCCGCUCGACCUCAUCGUCAGCCGCUGCCGCCUGCCCACGCUCGCCUGCCUCGGGCCAGGGGAGUAUGCUGAGGGUGUCAGUGAGCGAGACAUCCUGCUCAUCCACUCCUGCCGCCAGUGGACAACAGUGACAGCCCACACCCUGGAGGAGGGCCACUAUGUCAUCGGGCCCAAGAUCGACAUCCCCUUGCAGUACCCAGGGAAGUUCAAGCUCCUGGAGCAGGCCCGGGAUGUGCGAGAGCCGGUGAGAUACUUCAGCAGUGUGGAGGAGGUGGCCAGCGUCUUCCCUGACCGUAUCUUUGUGAUGGAAGCCAUCACUUUCAGCGUCAAGGUGGUAUCAGGCGAGUUCAGCGAGGACAGCGAGGUGUACAACUUCACACUGCACGCGGGCGACGAGCUCACCCUCAUGGGCCAGGCGGAAAUCCUGUGUGCCAAGACCACCAAGGAGCGCUCUCGCUUCACCACCCUCCUGCGCAAGCUGGGCCGGGCAGGGGCGCUGGCUGGGGUGGGCGGCGGUGGCCCGGGAGGUGCGGGGGCCGCAGGCGGUGGGGGCGCUAGGCCCGUCAAGGGCAAGAUGCCGUGCCUCAUCUGCAUGAACCACCGCACCAACGAGAGCCUUAGCCUGCCCUUCCAGUGCCAGGGCCGCUUCAGCACGCGCAGUCCGCUGGAGCUGCAGAUGCAGGAGGGCGAGCACACGGUGCGGGCCAUCAUCGAGCGCGUGCGGCUGCCGGUUAACGUGCUAGUGCCCAGCCGGCCUCCGCGCAACCCAUACGACCUGCACCCGGUGCGCGAGGGCCACUGCUACAAGCUGGUCAGCAUCAUUUCCAAGACAGUGGUGCUAGGGCUGGCGUUGCGCCGCGAGGGCCCCGCGCCGCUGCACUUCCUGCUGCUCACCGACACGCCUCGCUUCGCGCUGCCGCAGGGGCUGCUGGCCGGGGACCCGCGCGUCGAGCGCCUGGUGCGCGACAGCGCCUCCUACUGCCGCGAGCGCUUCGACCCCGACGAGUACUCC